GUGUGGCUGGCUGCAGACGCUUCACUCAAAGAGCUUUCGAAUGGAGAAGGGCAUGGUGACGGCCGCUCGAAAGACCGAGCAAACUAGACAUACAGUGUUAUUGCGAUAGUGAGGGAAAGAGGAAGGAUUAACUUUUUGGACAGAUUGGGAUAUAAUGCCGGUUACGAAAUGAUCUUGCAGCAUUUCAAACCUAGCUAGCACCGACCGAUUUUAUUGCUAGCCAGCUGCAGUAAUUCUAACGUUACUCCUUGAAGUCUUGACUUCACUUUGGGUUGACAAGAACAAAAACACACAAUCCCAAGCAACGACUGGGCGUGUAUUAUGGAUUACGAGCGGCCUAACGUGGAGACCAUCAAGUGUGUCGUUGUGGGGGACAAUGCCGUUGGGAAGACUCGCCUCAUCUGUGCCCGCGCCUGCAACACCACACUGACCCAGUACCAGCUGCUGGCCACGCACGUGCCCACCGUCUGGGCCAUCGACCAGUACCGAGUGUGUCAGGAGGUGUUGGAGCGAUCCAGAGAUGUGGUGGACGAGGUGAGCGUGUCCCUACGACUGUGGGACACAUUUGGAGACCACCACAAAGACAGACGAUUUGCCUAUGGCAGGUCAGACGUGGUUGUCCUGUGCUUCUCCAUCGCCAACCCCCACUCGCUGCACCACGUCAAGACCAUGUGGUACCUGGAGAUCAAGCACUUCUGCCCCCGGACGCCCGUCAUCCUGGUCGGCUGCCAGCUGGACCUGCGCUACGCUGACCUGGAGGCCGUCAAUCGCGCCAGACGGCCCCUGGCGAGGCCCAUCAAACCCGGGGACAUCCUGCCACCAGAGAGUGGACGAGAGGUGGCCAAAGAGCUGGGUAUCCCCUACUAUGAAACCAGCGUCUUCGACCAGUUCGGCAUCAAGGACAUCUUCGACAACGCCAUCCGCGCCGCCCUCAUCUCCCGCCGCCACCUGCAGUUCUGGAAGUCGCACCUGCGCAAGGUCCAGAAGCCUCUCCUCCAGGCGCCGUUCCUGCCGCCUAAAGCCCCACCUCCGCUCAUCAAGAUCUCCGAGGGGCCGGGCGUCGGCCCCGGCGACCGCGAGGGUCCGCGGCAGCUGCUGGACAGCCCGCUGUGCGCCGACGUGGUGUUCGUGCUGCAGGAGCACGCGCGCGUCUUCGCCCACCGCAUCUACCUGUCCACGUCCUCGUCCAAGUUCUACGACCUCUUCCAGAUGGACCUGUCCGAGGAGUCCCAAUGCCUGGUCGUGACUGACCGCUUCCGAGGGUUCGGCAGAGGAGGAGGAGGAGGCGGCGGCGGUGGAGGUGCCUCCGUCGCCGGGGGCAACGCGCGCGGCGACGCCCACCUGAUGCGCACGCUGAGCCUGGACACCGAGGAGGAGGCGUCGGCCCACGCCGACCAGUCGCCGUGCUCGCUGCGCGCGUCCAAGAGCGACGGCACGCUCCGUGUGGUCAGCUUCAGUGGCAAGCACCGGCGCACCAAGCUCUCGCUAGCCUCCUGGAGCAAGGCCUUCUACAGCAUCCACCGCGAGGCCGUGGCCAACCCGGUGACCGGCGCGUCGGCGCCCAUGACCGUGGUCAAGAUGGACGCCUCCAUCCAGAUGGGUCCGUUCAGCGCCGUGCUGCGCUUCCUGUACACGGGCGAGCUGGACGAAGAGGAGCCCGACCUGAUGAAGGUGGCGCAGAUCGCCGAGAUCCUGGAGGUGUUCGACCUGCGCAUGAUGGUGGAGAACAUCAUGAACAAGGAGGGCUUCAUGAACCAGGAGAUCACCAAGGCGUUCCACGUCAGGAAGGCCAAUCGCAUCAAGGAGUGUCUCACCAAAAACAAGUUCACAGACGUCGUGUUCAGUUUGGACGAUGGCACCAUCAACGCCCAUAAGCCUCUGCUCAUCUCCAGCUGCGACUGGAUGUCAGCGCUGUUCGGCGGCUCCUUCAUGGAGAGCUCCAACAACGAGGUGUCCAUCCCCAGCACCAGUCGCGCGUGCAUGCAGGGCGUGCUGGAGUACCUGUACACCAACCAGCUGUCCCCCAUGGCCGACCUGGACCCCCUGGAGCUCAUCGCCCUGGCCAACAGACUGUGCCUUCCCCGCCUCAUCGCUCUGACAGAACAGUAUGCUGUGACUGAGCUGGUGAGAGGCUCUCGAGGCGGUCAGGAUAUUGACGGAGAGGUGCUGACCUACCUGGAGCUGGCUCAGUUUCACAAUGCUAACCAGUUAGCAGCCUGGUGCUUGCAUCACAUUUGUACACAUUACAACAGCGUUUGUGCCAAUUACCGCAAAGAAAUCAAGUCCAAGUCACUAGAGAACCAGGAGUACUUUGAGAAGCACCGCUGGCCGCCAGUGUGGUACCUGAAGGAGGAGGACCACUACCAGCGCAUGAAGAAGGAGCGGGAGAAGGAGGACGUGGUCCUCAACAAGCACCACUCGCGCAGGCGCUGGUGCUUCUGGCGGGCCUCACCCGCCGUAGGAUUACCUCUGGAUGAUUGGGAGAGGGUGUUGCCCUAGCCACUUGCAUUAACCAGCCGCCACUGGGGCUAGAAACAGAGAAAGUGAUGGAGGGAGACGGAGGAGGAUGGGAGAGAGAGAGAGAGGGAAAGAGAGAUGGAGAGAGAGAGGGAAAAAGAAAAAGGGAGGGCGGGAGGAGAAGAAGAGAGGAUGAACGCUGAAGGGCACAAGAGCAAGUGCCCUCUCUUGCAGGUGCACUGAACUGAGUAGUCGCCAUCGCUAGUAUUUCCUGUCUUAGCCUUUUCUGAGGAGGAUGUAUAUCUGACAAAUGCACUGUCCAACCCACUGCCUGCACCCCAAACCCCCCCCCCCCCCCCACACACACACCUAUCCAAAAAUUGUUGAGGAGGUGGUCUGGUACCAUUUAGACCCUCCCAUCCCCCAAAAUCGAACCAAUCACAAAGCACAAUCCAUGUGUCCAGACAAUUCAGCCUGGCCAAUCAUGGCACGUUCGCCGAGGCCCUGACAUUCUCUCCUCCCAGCCACAUAUUGCUGCAUUGGUUGAUGGCUGGCGAUUGUAUUAACUGCUGAUUGUUGCACUUCACCUUGCGUUUUGUAUUUCGGUGCAAUCCUUGCUGUUUGAACUUAGGCUCGCUGGGCUUUUUCUCCAGAUUCCGGCAGAAUCCCCAAGUCAUUAGGUACCAACAAGGAAGUGAUCCUGUUGGAAUGUAUAGUGUGAAAUACUGCUUUCUUAACUCAGCACUUCCUGUUUAACCCCACUGUGGAAUUAGAUAGCAUUUAGCUAGUGGUGAAUCCAUUCAUGCGUAAAAUGCAGUCAUUCAAGUGCUCUGUACGCUUCACGCUAACUGACGUGGCUUUCUGUAUACGUACUAAUUGUUUCUCGGGGGGCCUUCACAGAAUUCUGAGGUCCUUCGCCUCUGGCGUUCUCUGGCCAAAGCUCUUGAACCCCACUAGUCCAGCUGGUGGGAUAACAUAGUUGCUGUCAUACACCUUCAUGGAUGUAAUCCUCUGUGUUGUGAUUGUGUGUGUCUGUACAGCAGUCUCCAAGGCACCAGCCCCAAGUCAGGUUCUUUAAUGCAAUAACUCUAAUAUAACUCAGCGGUUCUCCCAGUCCUGCUCCAGCUUGGGAUACUCUUGCACUAUGUGCUUCGUUUCACUCAUCCCUGUUCCGAGUACCUGACUCGGCAGCAAUGGCACUUUUUGAUUGGCUGAGCAACCUGACUAAACUCAACAAGGAUGCUCUUGAUUGGCUGAACAUGCCUGAUGUAGCCAAUCAAAAGCAUGAAGAUAAUGUUGAGUCAAAUGAGGCGAGCUUGAAGCAGGGAUGGGGAGAAGACAAUGUAGCCUAGGGUAGGAUGGGGAACCCGUGGAACAAGAUUGAGAACUGCUGGUUCUAACCUGUUCUAAUAAAUCAGCGAAUAAACCCAAGCCAGUGCCAGGGACUAACUGAUCUAUCCUCUACUCCGCCAUGUUCUAGAAUCGCUGCAGAUAGGAUAUUAUUUUUCUACAAAUUUCUGUCCUUUAUUGUAGCACAGUAUUGACCUUAAAAGAUCUUUCAAGAAACAACUCUUAAACAUUAGAAGGGCUUAGCACUAUACAAUUAGUUCAGGGUUUACUUGAAAAUGGACCUUAACUAAUGACAAAUCUUAAAACACAAAACAAAAAUGUAACAAAAAAAUAAAUAAAUAAUAUUUAACAAAAAAAUCAUAUCCACUACUUGUGUAUACUUAUACCAUUACCGUUAUUGUGCUAGAAGUUACAUACUUGUAGAUUGUAACUUUAUUAACAUCACGUACCUAAAGGGACUAUCUUGGUCUCAAGAGAUGAAAUGUAUCGCUGUUUCCUGAUGAGUAUCUGUACUGCAUAAUGUCUGUCGCUGGUGGUUUAUACUAGUGACUGUACGCUUUUCAGAGAAUGAGUGGGCAGCAUCGGGGAGUCUUCUCCAUGGGCUUCACUAGACCUCUUAGUGCCCCUAUUAAAUAACUUAAGGUUUUAACUAGCUCCUGUUGCCUCUUUGGAAGCAGAUUAUUAUUAUUAUUAUUAUUAUUAUUAUUAUUAUGAUUAGAUUGGACUGUGCCCCAGUAGAGUUUUAGGUCUAGUGAUAACCCUGGUCUUCUCCAAGGCUGCUGCUACGCUUCUCAGUGUACUGUCCAGAAGCUGUGGCUAUAAGGCCGUGCGUGUGUGUGAGUGUACUGUAAGCCGCACCAAGAUGUAGUGUAUACUGUAUCUAAACCCACUGGGAGAGCUACUUGUAGAUGGUCUUUUAAAAAAAAAAAAAACAUUCUGCCCAUCCACCGAGAGAAGGGAAACCUAUUACUUGAAAAAAAAAAAAAAACAAUUAAUGAAGUGGGGGAAAACAUUGAAGUGAAGAGUAUGUUCUGUUAUCAGUAUGGCUAGGUCCUCUUUAGUUAACCAAAGCGAUAAUGUAGAAGUUAUUAUCACUAGGUAAAUCAUGUGAAUUUUAUUUUUUAUUUCUGGUAAAAUAACUGCAAAACUUGUCAGUGACUAUUGUUAGCUGCUAAUAACUGAAUGGCUGGUUCAUUCGGUUCAUGCUGUCAAAAAGGCCUUUGAUCUUGCUGGUCAUUAUCCUUUAUGUUGGAUGUUAAUUAAUUAAUUUAUUUUUUAAAAUGGAACUAUUGUUGAAUAAAUGAUUGAUUUUAUGUAA